CAUUUAUUAUUUGUUUACACUUUUUUUACUUAAAGAAAUUUCUUUUUUACCCGUAAGGCUGUAAAUUGUAAUGUGAAUUAUAUUGUAUAUUCGUAUAAAUAAAUGAACCCAAUAUUAUAAUUACAGUUAAAUUAUAUUCCAGUGAUGAACAUUUUUAUUACAAUUUAGACAGAGUUUUAAAGUAAUUUAAAAAAGGUGAUGUAACUGUAAUUUGAAUUUUCAAUAAAAGAUGGAUACUAGUCGCAAUACAGUUGCAGCCAUAUUAGAAGAAGUGAGAGAUGAUGUGCAUAGUUCAACAAGUCCUUUAUCACAGCCAGCACGUCCUACUAGCACUAAUGAUGCUAAUAAAAUUGUUAUUUAUGUUCAAGACAAAAAUCGUUUUGUAAAAACUGAACAACAUGAUUUUUUUAAUCAUAUAAAUGAUCAUCCACCUUCAUCAGAGAAUUACAAUAAUUUACGACCAAUCGCAGCAAGAGUUCAAAGGAUAUUUGCAUCUUUGGGCACUGUUAGUCAAGGUCUACUUGCAGGAGUAGCAUUAGCACAAUUAUUUUUAGGUGAAGCAUACCAUCGAUCACCAUUAAUAUUGAUGUCAUUUUUCUUUUUGUCAACUAUAUGUAUGUGCACUGUUCUGGAUAUUUUUGACUUGUACAGAUGUGAGAGCUUCAAACCAAAAUAUAUUUUAGUAUUAUUCUUAAAUGUGUUAACAGCUUUAGCUGCAUUUGCAUGUGCUACAUAUGAUACAGCUAUUAUGUCUGGUAAAGUUGAAGCCAAAGUUUCAGAGACAUGGCGAGCAUUAAACUGCUGCCGAUGUUAUGGAGCGGUACUUGGAUGGAUUAUUAUUAUCAUAAUGAAACCUAAAGAUCAAUUAGCAGAAUUUUUGAAUACUGAUUAGUUGUCUAGUAAAAAAAUGUUUUAUACAUUUUAUUAAAAAAACAACAUCAAAUGUUUGUAUGAAAUUUCACUUAACAUAUUCACUAUUUUAAUUUGAGUAAUAUGGACUAUGUUAGGAGAAGCAUAAUACUAGAAAUUCACCGGUAUGAAAAUCAAACACAGUGGUUUAUGUUGAUGAAUUUAUAGAUUGAUCCAUUAAUUCCUGGGGAUCAUAGUUUGGUUAAUGUUUGAAGCUAUAUGACUUAUAGCGGCUAUAGCUAUAAGAUCUCUACACUUAUGAAUUAUACCACUUCAUAUUAGAUUUUUUUUUUUAAGGUAAUUCCAUUUCACAACUAAUUUUUUCAUUGUAAAAUAAAAUAAUAAUUACUUCAAAUAUAGUCAAUCAGUAGUAGUUAAUUAAAUGAUUAGCUUCAAGACACCAAAAUACAAUAUUAAUUGAGUAUAAUUAAUAAAUCAUCUAUUAUAUUAUAUUUAAAAUGUCAAGUUAAUUUUUAUUUUAUAGUAUAAAACCAAACCAUUUUUAAAUUUUAUAUAACAACAUUUUAUACAUCAAAGAAACUAGUUUUAUUAUCAAUAUUUUUAUGAUAUUAAAAUAAACUUCUAUAAAAAACAAUCUAUAGGUAUGUAGAUAAAUAUUUUUAAAAUUUUAAAUGCAAGUAAUGGCAAGACUGCUGGAUCAAUUACUUGCACCAACAUUUUAUGCACUUGAAAUAAAGACAAUUUAUGGUGCAUAGUUUUUUUGUUAAUGCCAAAUAAUUCAUUUUUUUUUUUUUUUUUUUGUUUCCACUAUAUGUAUAAUCAAAAUCAUAAUCAAAAUUAUUUUAAGAAAAUUGUUAUUAUUUAAUAUAAUAUAAAAAAAUAAACUCAAUGUACAAAUACUUAUGUGCCUUAUAUAUAGUUAUUGUUUCUGAAUCAAUCUGAAUAGUGUAUUUUAUUUUUGUUUAAAUUUAAAAUCAUUAUUUGAUAUUUAUUAUUUGUAUUAAAAUUGCAUAUUAUGUACUUAUUAACUAUAAAAAUAUUAUGACAAUGUCAAUUUGUAAUUGUCAUUAAUUGGACAAAAAUAUAUCAUUAAUAAUUAAUUAACGUAUUAUGUAUGUCCUGAUUGUAUUCAUUUUAUUUUUAAGUCAUAAAGCAUGCGAUUAUUUUAUCUUAAUAUUGCAUAAUGAUUUAAAAAUGUAAUUAUUUAUUUUGAAUAAAAUGCAAUUGAUUAAUA